CCCGCCGGAAACAGGCUUGCGCCGGGCGGCCACCGCCGCACGCAGCUCCCGGCUCCUCCCCGGUCCCGGCCGCCAUCUCCUGCCCUGCCCCGGCCGCCCCCCAUUGCCCGCAGCCAUCCCCCGACCCCCCCCCAUAGCCCAGCGCCAUGGCGCUGCGGGCGCUCUGGGUGCUGAGGCACGACCCCCGGGCUGGCGGCGCGGUGCUUUUCUCCAGGCGUUACCCCACCGUUGAAACACGCGCGGAGGCCUUCAACGGAUCGACGCAUGUGGCUAUCCCAUCUGACAACGAUUUUCUUAAAGCCUUGCUCUUUGAACUUAGGCUCACAGAUGACCAGAGUUUUGUGGAGCAUCGGGAUACGUGUACUCGAAUCGAUCAUUCAUCGGUACGUUCAGUUCGUGUCGAAGGAGGGGAUCUCUGGCCUGUGGUGGCUUUCCAGAAGAGUGGUCUGAUCUAUGUAUGUCUUCCGCUGGUUGAGGAGACCUUGGAGCCCCGGCCACCUCUCCUUACCAUCAGUGGACUCUCUCAAGGACUUGCUCUUCUGUUUGGCAUUCUGGACUACAUUUCGCCGAGUCGGAAAAAUGAAGCUGAGAUGAGUGCAAAAAUAGGCCAGCUUCGAAACUUGCUUAUACAGGCCUGUCCGCUCGGCACCCCCUUAAACACGAACAUAAGCAGUUUAAACAGCUCGUUUGAUGACAUUCAGGUUAUUCCUACAGAUGAGAAGCAACCGGUUUGGAGAUCCAACACGUAUAAAGGCAAGCCUCAGGUUAAUGUAUCUAUCACUGAAAAAGUCAAGUGCAUGCAGUAUGACAAGAGAGAUGUUGUGGACAUGUGGCAAGUUUACGGAGUGGUGAAUUGCAAGUGUGAUAUAGAGGGAGCUGCGCCAAAUGUAACCCUCACUUUGAAUCUCCCAACUAAUGGCUCUCCACUCCAAGACAUCCUGGUCCAUCACUGCGUGACUUCUGUUGAUCCUGCCAUGCUCAUGUCCAGCAGCGUCGAUCCACUGGAUGAUUCUGUGUAUAGUGGACCUUACAAAUUUCCUUUCAUUCCUCCUUCAGAUUCAUUCAACUUGUGUUACUACACUUCCCAGGUGCCUGUUCCACCAAUUCUGGGAUGUUACCAACUCAUUGAAGAGGGAUCACAGUUAAAGUUAACAGUUAAUUUGAAGCUUCAUGAAAGCAUAAAAAAUUCUUUUGAAUACUGUGAAGCUCGUAUACCUUUUUUCAACAGGGGCCCAAUCGCUCAUUUGGAGUACAAAGUUAGUUAUGGCCAACUGGAUUUGUCACGAGAGAAGAGCCUACUGGUUUGGAUCAUUGGACAGAAGUUCCCUAAAUCUUCAGAAGUUUCUCUUACUGGAACUGUGACUUUUGGUGCUGCAGGUGAAGAGCACCCAACUGACUACAUUUGCACUGGGAACACGGCUUAUGUAAAAAUGUAUUUUAGGAUCCCAGACUUCACACUUACUGGAUGUUACGUAGACCAGCAUUCCGUCCAGAUCUUUGCACCAGGAAAACCCAAAAUUACUGCAUCCCGGGAACUGAUUUCAUCUGAUUAUUACAUCUGGAAUUCUGAAGCAUCAGCACCUAUCAUGUACAAAAGUUUAUAUUACUGAUGUAAUUGUGAAUGAUUUUUGUGAUUAAACAAAAUAGGGAAUUAAAGCAAUACCAUGAUAUAAUGAAAAUAAAUUUGAUCCAGUGUUC